AACUGGUUUGAGCAGGAUCAUAUCCUGCAGCAUGUCUCCCCUAAUACGCCAAUUCAAUGGCCAAGCUAUAGUUGUAUUAACUUUGGCUUUUAGCAUAGCUUGGAGCACUCCUGCAUCUACUAACUUAGACUGGGAACAUUUGGAUAAAACCUGUCACUCUCAAAAAUGUGAUGAACAAUUGAAUAUCCAUUUCUUAGAAGACAUAUCCAAAAACAUGAAUCCGAAUAUAGAUCCUUGCAAGGAUUUCCAUCAAUAUGCCUGUGGCAAUUGGAAGAACCAUCAUCGGGAAGCAACGGUGCCGCUGUAUUCGGAAAAAUUAAUGCUAGGCAAAUUCCACAAAAUCUUCGCAGAGCAAAAAGACAGAGAGGAGCUGAAAAAUGAUAAAAUAUUCGAAAAAUUACAACACUACUACGAUGUAUGUGUAGAAGCAAUGGAGAAGGAGGACGUUUUGCAGUUGCAGGAGUAUGUUCAAGCAAUGAAAGCAUUGGAUCGUUUGCACUUAACCUCGGCAACAAAUUGGCCUAAGACUCUCAGGGAGUUGAAUGAGUAUUCAAAGCUGGACAUUUUUGUCUAUGGCAAUGUGGAACGCUUAAAUGUGCAUAUAUCACAAUUGAAUAUUUAUCCUCAUAAUACUGAAAAGGCCGCCAACCUAACUCAGGAGAUCUACGAUGUCUUGAGCCAUCACAAUUAUACCCAAGAGACCUUGAAGGAGUUGCAACAAAGUUUCUUGAGCCUCGAAGCAGAUUUGGCAAACAUGGUGAAUAACUGCAUCAGCAUUGCAAAACAUGAUGAGAAAUGUGGCUAUAGUACGGACAUGCCUUGGAAAGAGUUGUUGCAAUACAACUCUUCCCUCCAUUGGAAGUCGUUGUUUGCCGCCCAUGCCUUGGAACCCCAGAGUAUAGUGGCUGUGACCAAACUCAAUUCGAUACAUCAAAUUUUUCAUUACUUAGAUUCGCAAAAGCAGCAGUUUCUUUACUCCCUAACUCGCUUUCUUAAUCAGGUGCAUGGCCUAGCUCACAAUCUAAGAAGUGACAAAGAUUCACCAGCUUCCCAGGUAUGCCUGCAUCAAAUGCUAAGAAUAUGCCCGCUCUUCAUGAACUAUGUCUACGAGGAGGUCUACUAUGAUAACCAAAAGCGAUCAUUGUCCGAUGUGGUUAUCGUAAAGUUGUUUGAACAAAUCAAGCAUCAGCUGGCUGUUAAGUUAGACCAAAAUCCCUGGUUAUUACCAGAAGAUAGUGUGGGUUACUUUCGAGCCAAACUGCAGAUGCGUCAACUGAAUAUAGGCAAUGUCCCCCAGAAUGUUAGCCUCAGUUUCUAUGAACAACUUGUGGCAGACUUAAAGGUGGCCCCUGAGCAAAAUUUCUAUCACAAUCAUUUGGAGGCCCAACGUCAUUUCCAGAGUCUGCAAACCAAUUUAAGCUCUAUGCCAAGCAUUGCGAUUAGCUUUGAACUUCUCAGCCCCAAUCUGGCUGCUAUUGACUAUAAUUCUCCAUUUUGCAGUCAAAACUUAAUCAUUAUACCCUUCAACUAUCUGCAAGCUCCCUUCUAUGACCAUGAACUUUGGCCUUCGCUCUUGUAUGGCGACUUUGCCAAUACACUGGGUCAUGAGUUGGCACACGACUAUGAUGUUGACUACCUAAGAUUCGAUUAUGAAGGAAAUUACAAUGAUCAGCAAUCCGCUAAAAUCGCUGAAAAUAUGCAAUUUCAACAAAAUAUCAAAUGCCUUGAAAAGCAGCCCACAAAUUUCCUAGCUGAACGCAUAGCCGACAUUGGAGGCUUGCGUCUUGUCUUAAAUGCCUUUGUCAAGAGCUCCCAGUAUCUGAGGAAAAAUGGCAAGAUAUUCUUUCUGCAAUAUGCCCAGUUCUUUUGUGGUGGCGCCGAUGAAAAGCUAUUUGCACAGCAAGAUCCCACACAUGAUGUGGACAGUGUGCGUUUGAAUUAUACGCUAUCACAAUUUCGGGAAUUUGCAGAAGUCUUUGAGUGUCCCAUGGGAAGCCCUAUGAAUCCGAGUGAGAAGUGUACAUGGUGGUAGAUUUGCAGAAGUCUUUGAGUGUCCCAUGGGAUGCCCUAUGAAUCCGAGUGAGAAGUGUACAUGGUGGUAGAUUUGCAGAAGUCUUUGAGUGUCCCAUGGGAAGCCCUAUGAAUCCGAGAGAGAAGUGUACAUGGUGGAGAUUCAGAGAUUCAAACGAAAAGCUGAUUAUAAAAGUUUUGUGACAACAUUAAAAUUUCAAUAAAUUCAAAGUCUUUAUUUUAUUUUGUAAGCUUUUUAUACCCUCCACCUCUUAAUUUCGUCAUUCUGUUUGAAACUCCUCGAAAUAUUCCUGUCCGUCCAUCCGUCCGAUCUUGGAUCUUGACUUCUUCGGCCUCUAGAGGGCGCAGUUCUUAUCCAAUUUGGCUGAAAAUUUGCAUGAGAUGUUUUGUUAUGAAUUCCAACAACUACGUUAGGUAUGGUUCAAAAAGUAAUUGCGGAUUUUUCAUAUAGUCGGCGUAGACAAAUUUUUUCACAGCUUGUGACUCUGUAAUUGCAUUCUUUCUUCUGUCAGUUAUCAGCUGUUACUUUUAGCUUGCUUUAGAAAAAAAGUGUAAAAAAAAGUAUAUAUGAUUAAAGUUCAAUCUAAGUUUUAAUAAAAAUGCAUUUACUUUCUUUUAAAAAAUCCGCAAUUACUUUUUGGGCAACCCUAUUUGAACCCCAUAUUGCCAUUGCCCUCAAAAUUGGAUAUCAAAUUCGUUUUCUAAUCUCACUUAAACUCCUCAUUCCAAAAGUCAGCAAAUAUGUCCGGUUUGAAGUAUUGGCCCUAAAAACUAUGAAUAUUUAUUUAGUUCCACUCUUUAAGACCCAAACUGUCUUGGUGAGCAAAUAGGUUCUAUUUGGUGGUGGGCCGUUCCCUAGACAGUUGGCCCCUAAUGUUGAUCUCAGAUACGUGGUCUACUCCCAAAUACCAUAGUCGUCAAGCAUGACCGGCUUGGGGGUUUGUUUUGGAGGAUGGGCAUGGGCGGCCACUCAGUGAGUUGGAUUCGUGUUCUACUCUAAAAACC